GAUAUAAAAACUUAAAAAACAGAACAAAAACAAAAAAAUCGUCAGACAGACAGAAAAACCAACCGGAACCUUAUGAUAUCUUUAAAAUCUCGUCCAUAGAAUAGGUUGAAUCGAAUUGUGUUUUUGGAGAAAAUAAAUCAUCUUAAAGCAUCAAGCAUUGAAGCUGUGAAGAGGAGGAAUCGAAAUUGUUAGGAGGGAGGAAGAAAAAUGUGGGGAUUUGGAGGUAGGUAUUACUGGGCAAGGAAGGAAAAUGGAGGGAAAAGAGAAGGGAUAGUGGUGGUGUUUGCUUGGAUGUCGAGUGAAGAGAGACACCUGGAUCGCUAUGUCCAGCUCUAUUCAUCUUUGGGAUGGAAUUCACUUGUUUGCCAUUCUCAAUUUCUCAAUAUGUUCUUUCCUGAGAAGGCUGAAGCACUAGCAUUUGACCUUCUCAAAGAACUUGUUGAGGAACUAAAGGUUGGACCAUGCCCUGUUGUCUUUGCAUCUUUUUCUGGUGGUCCAAAAUCCUGCAUGUAUAAGGUUCUCCAGAUAAUCGAGGGUAUAUGUGAAGCAAAAGUGAAUCCAGACGACCACCAACUGGUUAGGGACUGUUUGUCGGGCUAUAUCUAUGAUUCUAGUCCAGUGGAUUUUACUAGUGACAUGGGUGCUCGAUUUAUUGUUCACCCGACCGUUCUCAAUAUGUCUCAUCCACCAAGAUUAGUCUCGUGGAUAGCAAAUGGUAUUGCUUCUGGGCUUGAUUCCCUCUUCCUUAAUAGGUUUGAAUCUCAUCGAGCUGAAUAUUGGCAGACUCUAUACUCUUCUGUUAGAAUGGGCGCUCCAUAUCUCAUUUUGUGCUCAGAAAAUGAUGAUCUUGCUCCUUACCAAGUUAUCCAUAAUUUCGCUCAACGAAUACGAGAACUUGGGGGAGAUGUAAAACUUGUGAAAUGGAUUGACUCUUCUCAUGUAGGCCAUUAUCGGCAUUAUCCAAUUGACUAUAAGGCUGCUGUGACUGAGCUCCUUGGUAAGGCAGCUGCAGUUUAUUCCCAACGGAUUCAAAGACUUGAAGGAGAAAGAAUGGGCCUGGAGGGAACACACAAUGAGAUGUCAAAUCCCAUAUACAACCUGAGGAAAGCAGCACUCAGCCCAACCCAAAGUUUUCCGGGAACUUCUCUUGUGCCAACUGACCAUUUCCUCAUGCCCAGCUCAAUGGAGUAUUAUGACGGUAGAGAUGUUGGGUCCGUGCCAGAUGAACGCAAGGAGGGGUUAAUUCAUCUGCCAAAUCGACCAAGCAUUAAUGCUCAUGGAGUUCUUGGUCAAAUUCUUUUUGAUGUUUGUGUUCCCAAAAACGUUGAAGGCUGGGAUAUAAGGUCAUCGGAUUCCUUGAAUGGACGCCCAUAUGCUUCUACAAGGAGGCAUGCCCCGUUUAAUCCGAUCAAAUGUAUACGUCGCUCUAGAUUAUAAUGUUUCACUGACAAGUUAUGGCAGAGAUAAAUGGGCAGAAUCCAUAUAUUGUAUGUCACUUAGCAGCAAUGCUGAGUGAUCCUAGCCCCCAGCAACAUGAAUUUCCUGAGAAUAAAAAUGAAGACAUGGGCAUUUGAAAAGUGGUGGUCAUUCUGAUGUGGUGUUUCUGUAGGACAAUAUGAACACUACGAUGGCUUGGGCCUCUAUUCUAACUGAAUGUACAGUCUUUAGUUGAAAAGCUCUGACUUGAUACAGGAUGGGUUGGAGAUCAUUGUCACGGAAACAAGUGGAAGUUAGAAUGUAAAUCCAGUAAUUUGCAAGA